AUGGACCAGUCUGUGGCAAUCCAGGAGACCCUGGCUCAAGGGGAAUACUGCAUCAUCAUAUCCUUCCCUGCGGUGCAAGGUGUGCUGUGUGAAGGGGACAGCCGGCAGAGCCGCCUCCUGGGCCUUGUGCGCUACCGCCUGGAGCAUGGUGGCCAGGAACAUGCUCUCUUCCUGUAUACGCACCGGAGGAUGGCCAUUACCGGGGAUGAUGUCUCUUUGGACCAGAUAGUGCCAAUCUCGCGGGAUUUUACGCUGGAAGAAGUGCCCCCAGAUGGUGAACGCUACAUCCUUGGCUCAGAUGUGACCAUUCAGCUGGACACAGCAGAGCUCAGUCUCGUAUUCCAACUACCCUUUGGUUCACAUACCAGGAUGUUCCUCCAAGAAGUCGCCAGGGCCUGUCCAGGUUUCGAUCCUGCCACCCGGGAUCCUGAGUUCCUGUGGCUGUCUCUAUACAGGUGCGCCGACCCGGAGUCGUCAACGCCAGGCCGUUGGAACUCGGCCCCAGGUACCGGACCAGGGUGCGCAACAAUUGGCGGAGGUGGUUCCAACUUUGACGGGUUGAAGCCAAAUGGGAAAGGUCUGCUUAUGGACCAUAGCUCCCGGGGUCAGGAUAAACCAGAAAGCUUACUCACAAGGCAGAAUAAAUACAAGUCUGAAAUUACUGACAUGGUUCGCUCCUCCACUGUUUUAGUAUCAGACAAGUCUCAUAUUUUGUCAAUGCAGAAGUUUGGACUGCGAGAUACACUUGUGAAGUCACAUUUAAUACAAAAAGAAGAGGAUUAUACCUAUAUCCAGAACUUCAGGUUUUUUGUGGGAACAUACAAUGUAAAUGGACAGUCCCCCAAGGAAUGCCUUCGACCUUGGCUGAGUCAUGGUAUCCAGGCCCCGGAUGUAUAUUGCGUAGGGUUUCAGGAGCUUGAUCUGAGUAAGGAAGCCUUUUUCUUUCAUGAUACUCCAAAGGAGGAAGAGUGGUUUAAAGCUGUAUCAGAGGGUCUUCAUCCAGAUGCCAAAUAUGCAAAGGUGAAGCUCAUCCGACUGGUUGGGAUUAUGCUGCUAUUAUAUGUCAAACAGGAGCAUGCAGCAUAUAUCUCAGAAGUGGAAGCUGAGACUGUGGGGACAGGAAUUAUGGGGAGGAUGGGUAACAAAGGAGGUGUGGCAAUCAGGUUCCAGUUCCACAACACCAGCAUCUGUGUGGUGAACUCUCACUUGGCAGCCCACACAGAAGAGUAUGAGAGGAGAAACCAGGACUACAAGGACAUUUGUUCUCGAAUGCAGUUUUGUCAGGUUGACCCAAGCCUUCCCCCUCUCACCAUCAGCAAGCACGAUGUGAUCUUGUGGCUGGGGGACCUCAACUACAGGAUAGAAGAGCUGGAUGUGGAAAAAGUGAAAAAGCUCAUCGAAGAGAAGGCCUUUCAAACCCUGUAUGCAUAUGAUCAGCUGAAAAUUCAGGUGGCUGCAAAGACUGUCUUUGAAGAUUUCACAGAGGGUGAGCUCACAUUCCAGCCUACCUAUAAGUAUGAUACCGGCUCUGAUGACUGGGAUACCAGUGAGAAGUGUCGUGCUCCUGCCUGGUGUGACCGAAUCCUCUGGAAAGGAAAGAACAUCACUCAGCUGAGUUACCAGAGCCACAUGGCCCUGAAGACCAGUGACCACAAGCCCGUCAGCUCAGUGUUUGACGUUGGGGUGAGCGUCAUAAAUGAAGAGCUUUACCGGAAGACUCUGGAGGAAAUUGUUCGCUCCUUGGAUAAGAUGGAAAAUGCCAGCAUUCCUUCAGUGUCCUUGUCCAAGCGAGAGUUCUGUUUUCAGGAUGUGAAGUUCAUGCAAUUGCAGAUCGAAUCCUUUACAAUUCAUAAUGGACAAGUGCCCUGCCAGUUUGAAUUCAUCAACAAGCCUGAUGAAGUGUCUUACUGUAAGCAGUGGCUGAAUGCCAACCCCAGCAGAGGGUUCCUUCUGCCAGAUUCUGACAUUGAAAUUGAAUUGGAGCUCUUUGUAAAUAAGACCACAGCUACAAAGCUCAACUCUGGUGAAGACAAAAUUGAGGACAUUCUGGUUUUGCACUUGGACAGGGGAAAGGAUUACUUUUUGUCUGUGUCUGGGAACUACCUACCCAGCUGUUUCGGGUCUCCCAUUCAUACAUUGUGCUACAUGAGGGAACCAAUCUUGGAUCUACCACUUGAAACUAUUAGUGAGCUGACUCUGAUGCCAGUUCAGACUGAAGAUGAUGGGAGCUACUUGGAGAGCCCCAUGGAAAUCCCCAAAGAGCUCUGGAUGAUGGUUGAUUACCUGUACCGAAAUGGUGUCCAGCAGGAAGAUUUGUUUCAGCAGCCAGGCCUGAGGUCGGAAUUUGAGCAUAUCAGGGACUGUUUGGAUACGGGAAUGAUUGAUAACCUCUCUGCUAGCAACCAUUCCAUAGCCGAAGCCUUGCUGCUUUUCCUGGAGAGCCUGCCAGAGCCAGUUAUCUGUUUCAGCACCUACCAUAACUGCUUGGAGUGUUCUGGCAACUACACAGCAAGCAAACAGGUCAUUUCCACUCUUCCCACAUUCCACAAAAAUGUCUUCAACUACCUGAUGGCCUUUUUGCAAGAAUUGCUAAAAAAUUCAGCAAAAAAUCAUUUGGAUGAGAAUAUUCUAGCUAGCAUAUUUGGCAGCUUAUUGCUUCGAAACCCAGUUAGUCACCAAAAACUUGAUAUGGCAGAGAAGAAGAAGGCUCAGGAAUUUAUUCACCAGUUCCUCUGCAACCCAUUCUGAAGUUGUCUCCUCCCCAUUUUACCUGAGGCAGCCAAUUACCAGCCCCACCUGUUUCAGCUCAAGAGAUGCCUUAAGAUUAUGUGAGGCCACUUGGUAGAAAGAAUGGCAGCUGUUUUCUGAGCCUAGGCCCUCCCCCCUGCACCCACCAUUGGUUAGUACACGCAGUGCUGUGCGUUGUGAAGACAUAGGGGAAAAUCUACUGUAAUAAAACUGACAUUUGAUGUUCAGCUUUA